AUGGCUUCCUUUGUAACUGAAUUAUGGGACUCUGUGUUCCAACCUGGUACCAACCCUGCGUUGAUUAAAGCUACCCAUGGGUCUUUUGUGCUCUUGAUUUUAUCUUUGUUGGCGUUGAUAUACAUGACGAGAUCGAUCCAUUUUAUUAAUUUACUAGUUAUUGCCUGCUUAUUAUACGGGACUGUGGUGUGGUUUAUAGGUGAAUUGCAACAGGCCAAAUUGAACAAGAACUUGGAGUUGGAAAAGGAGAGCCAGGAAAAGAAGAGUAACGAGGAGAAGAGUGAAGAAGAAGACGACGUCAAGACCAGUACCGGACUGGAAAUCAAUAGCUCUAGUCCUACCAGGAAGACCAAGAAGGUAUGA